UUAUGGCUUGGAAGCUGUAGAGGAGGAGCCCUUUUGGUCCUGGACUUGGCGUUCCAGUACCGCUUGCCAUUCGGUAGCAGAGAAAUCAUCUGCUUUAAAGUGAAAGAAGUGUCAUUCAUAUGGUCUUACUUAGCCUGUGUGUUAUUUUUUAUACAUAAGUAGUUGAAGAAGAGGAAGGAAGCCACUUUAGGCGAAGAAAGUAGGGUACCAAUAAAAUACUUUCGGACAUAACGAACUUCGCUCAGAUUGUACAACGUGUGUUCGUGUACCGUACCAUCUAAACAUAACAAGACGUGGUCAUCCUUCAAGUAAGUUGUCUGUCUCUAAAGAAAGUAAACGUAUGAGAAGCAAAACAUGACACUAUGUCAGAAAUAUGAUAGUAUUUUGCAGCCACUGAAAUGGUCUGAAGUUGGUCUAAUAGCUAGCAAUUUCCUGUCAAAUUCAGUGUUCCAUCAUGGCGCGAAUAUUGUGGUACCCCAGCCAGUUAAAUGAAAUGAGCCCUCUUCUGCUCAACAAAAUACAUUAAAAGCGUGGCCAUGUAGACUUGUCUUGAAGUACUAUUCCACUAGUUUCAAGUUGUAGUUAUUAGUCGUACUAUACACAUAGUAUAACGUUACAUACUGUCCAACGAACUGCUUGCAGGUUUCUUCUCGACAAUGCAAUAAGAAAUAAUAACAAAGAUAAGUAUACGACAUAAAGUAAAAUGCUAAGUAGAAUAUAAUAAUAUGUUUAGCAUCAGUAUCACACAGGAAGGCACAAUUUAUAGUCGGAUAUUUACACGUAUUUUGGGGAAGGGGAUUUGUGAGGAAGUGUUUUAAAUUGUGCAGUAUUUAGCGAGCAAUCAUACGAGUCUGGUAGUAGCAGUUGUGAUGUGUGUGUGUGUAGCAUGAUUGUAUAGGUGUGUGGCUAAUGGUUAAACCACAAUGUCCAUAUUUUUUUUUUUACAGCACAGUACUCCCCAGCCCUUCCAUCUGGCGUUGAUGUCUUCCCCCCUGCCCUCGUUUAGACUGAAUACUGGGGCUCAGAUGCCCCUCCUGGGCCUAGGAACAUACAGGCUGCAAGGUAAGCAAAUGCACCUGAGUGUUGACACUGCACUCGGGGAAGGGUAUCGUGCCUUUGACACUGCUGCGGUGUACGGCAAUGAAGCAGACUUGGGCCAUGCCCUGUUGGACCUGAUGCCCAAACACAACCUGACCAGAGCAGACAUCUUUCUCAUCAGUAAGCUGUCCCCAGCGGACAUGGGCUCGAAGUCCAGAGAGGGCUGUGCUCGUAGCCUGGAGAGGCUGGGGCUAGGGGGAUACAUUGACUUGUACCUCAUCCACUGGCCUGGAACUGAGGGUCUGGAACCAGAAGAUGAGAGGAAUGCACAGCAUCGAGCCCACACCUGGACUGUCAUGGAGGAGCUCCAUGCCAAUGGGAUGCUCAGAGCAAUUGGGGUCUCAAACUACUCUCCAAGGCACCUGAUAGAGCUGCUGGAGACCUGCAGGGUGCGCCCUGCCGUGCUGCAGGUGGAGUUCCAUCCUAGACUGGCACAGAAGAAGCUGAGGGUCAUUUGCAGGGACUCGGGAGUCUGCUUCCAGGCGUAUUCAUCCCUGGGGAAAGGUGCCCUGUUGUCGGAACCAGAAGUUGUUGCUAUGGCGGAGGGGCAUGGCAGAACUGCCUCCCAGGUGCUCUUGAGGUGGGCCAUUCAGCAGGGUGUGGCUGUGUUACCCAGGUCCGCACAGCCCAAGAGGGUGAGAGAAAAUGGGCAGGUGUUUGACUUUGACCUGGAUGAAGGGGGAAUGGAGAGACUGUCUGACAUGGACAGUGGAAUAAGAUUCUGCAAAAGAGAUCCCACUAGUGUGGUCUAGAGGAGAGAGCCCCACAACAAUAUACUUGAUCAGUCAUAGAACAAUGUGUUAAAUGUAAUUCUGAACUACAAACGAACCUAUAAUGAAAUGUAACGUUUCAUUUACCAUAUUUAUGUUUAAGUCAUAGUUCCUUGAUUCUUGAACAAAUGUUAGGCCAAUCAGUUAGUUUAAAUAAAGACCUAUCCUAAUGCAUGUUAAAAUGCUUAAUAUGAAUUACUUCAACAAAGAUAUGCAAAAAACAAUAGCCACGUUUU